AUGAGUUACUCAGGAGUAUACAGUUGUACUGAUCAAUUUGGUUAUAUGAAUACCGCUCAAUGUAGUGAUGAUUCACCAAUAGAAGUAAAUGACAUUGUAUUCGGAAGUUCUGUCUUCAGUUCACCUAAUCCUGAAGGAGAUUUUAUCAUUGUGAAAUCCGAUGGUAUGCCUGUUUAUCAUUUAGCCAAUGUCAUUGAUGAUCAUUAUAUGGAAAUUAGUCAUGUUAUUCGAGGCUUUGAAUGGCUUAGUUCCACGCCUAAGCAUUUGAUGUUAUACAAAGCCCUAAAUUGGUUACCUCCGCAGUUUGCACAUCUUCCUCUGUUACUUUCCAGUUCAGGUGGUAAAUUGUCUAAACGCAGUCCAGAAUUUUCUCUUAUCGGUAGAGUCCAAAGUUUGCGUAAAGCUGGUUAUUUACCGUCUGCUAUCUUGAAUUGGCUAACAUCUACUGGAGGUGGUGCCUGUCAUGAUGAUUCGAGUGAAAACGGUGACUUCUCGCAUAAAUGGAGUCCUGAAUUAGAAUUUUCUGAAUUAGUUUCUCGAUUUAACUUAAGCCAUGUCAAUCGUCAUAACGCUCAUUUAUCAAUAGAUAUGUUAAAAAUAUGCGGUCAAUCACAUUUUGAUAAAGCUAUAAACAAUGCAUUGAAUUAUUGUAUCAUGCAUCAAAAACAAGAUAAUCAAGCUACUUAUUAUAAAACUCCACAAAUACUGAAGACAAUUGAUGAAUAUUUACAAUUAAAUGGAGAAAAUGUUUCCAUUCUUAAAAGUCAAUCUGCUCAAAAUGAUUUGGAUGUGUUACAACGAUUACAACUCUUAAAAUGUCGUGUUCAUUGUUUGAAUGACUUGGUCAACUCCGAUAAUGGUUUCUUGUUUAUGUGGAAGUCUCCAGAUUUGGUUACUUGUGGAGACAUCAUCAAUAGUAAUCCUAUCAACACACCUUUACAAGAUGUACUCAGAUUAUGUAGAUGUUUUGUUGAGGAGAUGAAUCAUAUUCUUCAAAACGAACGUGCAAAUGAUAACAUAAAAUUGACCCCCGAUAUUAUAACGACUUUCCUUCAGAAUAUCGGCGAACGUUCAGGAAUUAAACGCAAGGAUUUAUUGCGCCUAAUCAGAUUAGGCCUUACAGGAUUCGAGAUUGGGCCACCUGUGGUUGAAAUUAUUCAAUUGUUGUCCAUACCAGAAGCGACUAAUCGGAUAAACAAUCUACAUAAUUUUCUAUUACAAAAAGAUUCUACCUCUCAAUUACAAGAAGCUUUGUAAACUUGGAUAUAGUCAAUCUUGCUAUUUUUUUCUUAAUAUGUAUAUUUCAAUCGAUUUCUAAUUUAAAAUCAAUAAAA